GAACAAAUUAUGUGCAACAGUCCUUUUAAUUAAUCUAUCAUCAUCAUGGCUAAUGAGGGCUGUCUGAAGGCUUGUGAUAGUCCUUUUUCAUCAGAUAAACAUGCCCAACUCAUCUUGGCCCAGAUCGAUAAAAUGAGAAAUGGACAGCAUUUUUGUGAUGUGCAGCUGCAAGUUGGGAAGGAAACUUUCAAAGUUCAUCGGCUAGUUUUGGCUGCCAGUAGUCCUUACUUUGCAGCCCUGUUCACUGGAGGAAUGAAAGAGUCCUCAAAAGAUGUUGUACAGAUUCUAGGAAUUGAACCAGGAAUCUUUCAGAUACUUCUAGAUUUCAUUUACACAGGUAUAGUGAACAUAGGUGUGAAUAAUGUCCAGGAGUUGAUUGUUGCAGCAGACAUGCUACAGUUGACUGAAGUUGUUAAUCUUUGCUGUGAAUUUCUGAAAGGCCAAAUUGAUCCACUGAACUGCAUUGGGAUCUUUCAGUUCUCUGAGCAAAUUGCCUGCCAUGACCUUUUGGAAUUCACAGAAAACUACAUUCAUGUCCAUUUUUUGGAGGUUCAUUGCGGGGAAGAGUUCCUGGCACUUACAAAAGAUCAGCUGAUCAAAAUUUUGCGAAGUGAAGAGCUUAGCAUUGAGGAUGAAUACCAGGUCUUCUUAGCUGCAAUGCAAUGGAUUCUGAAAGAUCUGGGAAAGAGAAGAAAACAUGUGGUAGAAGUGCUAGACCCAAUUCGAUUCCCCUUAUUACCUCCUCAGAGGCUUUUAAAGUAUAUAGAAGGAGUAUCUGAUUUUAAUCUUCGUGUUGCAUUGCAAACACUUUUGAAAGAGUACUGCGAAGUAUGCAGAUCUUCCAAAGAGAACAAGUUUUGUAGUUUCCUGCAGACAUCUAAAGUUCGACCUCGGAAGAAAGCAAGAAAGUACCUAUAUGCAGUAGGUGGAUAUACUCGGUUGCAGGGCGGUCGUUGGAGUGAUAGCAGAGCCCUCAGCUGUGUAGAACGUUUUGACACCUUUAGCCAAUACUGGACCACUGUGUCUUCACUUCAUCAGGCUCGAUGUGGGCUGGGAGUAGCAGUUCUGGGAGGGAUGGUGUACGCUAUUGGAGGUGAAAAGGAUUCGAUGAUUUUUGACUGUACUGAAUGCUACGAUCCAGUUACUAAGCAGUGGACAACUGUAGCUUCAAUGAAUCAUCCCCGCUGUGGUUUAGGAGUGUGUGUGUGUUAUGGAGCUAUCUAUGCUUUGGGUGGAUGGGUUGGAGCUGAGAUAGGGAACACCAUUGAACGAUUCGAUCCUGAUGAAAAUAAAUGGGAAGUAGUUGGCAACAUGGCUGUGUCACGCUACUACUUUGGGUGCUGUGAAAUGCAAGGUUUAAUUUAUGUAGUUGGGGGCAUCAGCAAUGAAGGAAUAGAGCUUCGUUCUUUUGAGGUUUAUGAUCCACUUUCUAAGCGUUGGUCUCCACUUCCUCCAAUGGGAACCAGAAGAGCAUAUCUUGGCGUGGCUGCACUCAAUGACUGCAUCUAUUCUGUUGGAGGGUGGAAUGAGACACAGGAUGCUCUUCAUACUGUAGAAAAAUAUUCCUUUGAAGAGGAAAAGUGGGUUGAAGUCGCCUCAAUGAAAGUGCCAAGAGCAGGCAUGUGUGUUGUCGCAGUCAAUGGUCUUCUGUAUGUUUCUGGAGGUCGUUCUUCCAGCCAUGAUUUCUUGGCCCCAGGUACCUUGGACUCAGUUGAAGUUUAUAACCCUCAUUCAGAUACAUGGACAGAAAUUGGUAACAUGAUCACCAGUCGUUGUGAAGGGGGUGUUGCUGUACUAUGAAAUAUAAAGCAUGAGCACGCAAGGAACAUUUUGAAAAUGUAAGAUCUGAUCUUUUGCAAAGCAGACAUAUAUUUGGUGAUAGUAUCCUCUGAUUCUAUUGUGUUUUCCCUGUGUUUGAUAGAUAACUGACUAAAGAGUGAUUUUUCUAAAAAUUUUAUUGAGAAGGGAUAUGAAAUAUAUCCUAAAUUAAGAGCUCACACAAAUUUGCCACAAUUAUGAACAAUAGAAAUGCUGUUUAUGCUUGAGAAUUAUCCAGUUAAGCGUAUAGUUCUAUUCGUAAAAAUUACUUGCUAGAAGCUUCUUGAAAAAUAGCCCCUUUAAAGCUUCUCCAGUACAAGUUGUAACAGGACCUUUAUAUGAUGUAGGAAUAAUAUCAAUGAGACAGUUUAAACAUUUCUAUACAUUCAUGAUUCAAUCCAGAGUGUGCUUCUCCAUGGCCAUAGUUUGACCUACACAGAAAAGCCAAUGAAACAACUUCCUACUUUUAUUUGAUGCCAGGAGUUUUCACUAGCCCCAGACUUUUUAUUGGCAGCAGAUAUACUAGGAGGGGGUGUGUUUUGUUUGUUGAUAGCAGCCAAAGAAAACUUCUGCUUGCUUAUAUUUUUUGUCUUGAUCCUGAGAGUGCAAGUAAGGAAUUAAUAGGAGGUUCUUAGUGACAGUCCUUGAUUGUAAUAGGAUGUUAUAACGGGCAAUAGAGCCCAGCAGGAAGCAUGCACCUAGAAAUUUCUUCCUUAUUUUCUAGAUAGUUACCAAAAGUAUCUGUUUGGCUUUAGGAGGAGGGAAUUUUAUUAGAUUAUCCUGCUUUGUGAAAUUUACUUAUACUUGGGCAAGGCUAAAUAUGACCAUACUACAAAGCUGCUACCUGGCUUGGGGAAGCCUGAAUUCUAGGUACCUGUAAAACUGUUUAUAGACACUGACUCAUAAGUG